GCACAGCUCAUAUGUUUCACAAUCCCAAAACUCAGCCAGCCAUCUUUUGUGAAAAACCAUUUUUUUCGUGUCGUCAGGGUAAAUUUCAUAAUUGUAAUUAAUGUCAGAGCCACAGUCUUCGCUGUUGUUAAAAAAGCAACUAGCAGAACUAAACAAAAAUCCAGUGGAAGGAUUUUCUGCUGGUUUGAUAGAUGACAAUGACAUAUAUAGAUGGGAAGUCCUCAUUAUUGGCCCACCAGACACAUUGUAUGAGGGUGGAUUUUUCAAAGCACACUUAUAUUUUCCUAAAGAAUACCCUUUGAGACCCCCACGAAUGAAAUUUGUAACUGAAAUUUGGCAUCCAAAUAUUGAAAAGAAUGGUGACGUCUGCAUUUCAAUAUUGCAUGAGCCUGGAGAUGAUAAAUGGGGCUAUGAGAAAGCAUCAGAGCGGUGGCUUCCAGUACACACUGUUGAAACAAUCUUAAUUAGUGUUAUUUCAAUGUUGGCUGACCCUAAUGAUGAAAGUCCUGCUAAUGUAGAUGCAGCGAAAGAAUGGAGAGAAAGAUAUUCGGAUUUCAAAAAGAAAGUUGCCAGAUGUGUUAGGAAAAGUCAAGAAGAUUGCUUUUAGGAGAAAACAAGAUAACAAGUGCAGAAAAAGGGACACAUGACAACAAUUUAAUGAAACAGCAUAAUAUAACUAGGUCACACACUCCAAAUGGCACACCCAUAAACUACAGUAGGUUGUUGAUGUGUGCUUAUUGUAAUUGUUUUUUACAGAAAGAAUGGCGAGAGUCAUAUUUGGAGUUUAAAAGAAAAGUAGCACAAUGUGUGAGAAAAAGUCAAGAGGAUUGUUCCUAAAUAGUGCCCUUUUUCAUUGAUUAGUUUGGAUAGUGAGUGAUUUGUGAUGCAUCCAAGCAUUGUUGUGACUCAUGGUUAUACAAUUUAAAAUGCCCUCCCAACUGGGCCAGAGACAAUAUUGAAUUUAAAUGAAAUACUUAUAAUAAUAAAAAGGUAUCGCUGCCGUAUUCUAAAGAUUAAAUUAAAAGUAGAAAUCAAGAUCUUUUUCAUCUUUUUUAAGACAGUUUAGGUAGCUAUGUUAUAUGAAUAAAACAUGUACCAUAACUUUUUUAUAGAAAGCAAUUAAAACAAAUAUUUUAUUCGCAAGGCACUCUAAAAAUUCAAGUGAGAUCUCUUUGUUGAUGAAACCAAAAGAUAAAAAUACAAUUGCUAUCUAAAACUAUUUUUACACAUAUUGUCUGUAAAUUUGAGUUACCUAAAAUGACUAGUUGUCAUUUCUGAUUAAACAAUUGAUUGAGUUUAGUUUAUUUCUUAGAAUUAAUUUUUAGUGAAUUGUUGCUAUUUUGAUUUUUUUUAAAAGUUAUUUGCACCUUGCCCCAAUAAUAUAUUGCACAUGUUCAUAGAACAAGGGAAUUCAUCUAGUUUAUCAAAAAUCUAAUAGAUGCUUUAAAAGAUUAAAUUAAGAAUGUACUACACUUAUAACAAUUGCUUCUCUAAAUUAAGGACAGAGUUAAUGCAAGAAAUGUAACAAUUUUUAAAUUGGGCUUUAUAAGAAUAAUGUUUAAUGUAUCAACAUUUUUAGGGUUAAAAUAAUUAUUUUGUAUUUAAUUUUCUGUGGUAAAUGUUUAAUAUACAUAAUAUCUUAAUAUAAAAGGUUCCUGUGACAAUGAUCAAAAUAUAGCAAUACAAAAAAAAAAAUUGUUAUGUAAUUAAACUGCAUGACAACACCCUUAAAAUAUUGAUUUGUAAGGUGUGUACAAUAUUUGCUCUGUAUGUAUAUUUUUUAAUAUAAAAUCAUAAUGCAGUGUAACAAUAUUUUAUUUUUCAAAUUCCAGUAUGUUCCAAAAUGUUAUUUAAAAGGUUUUUACCUUACAUUAGCAUAACUCACUAUCAUGAAUUAUUAAUCAAAAGUAAACUAACUUCAUACUACAUUAUUUUAUUCACUGUCUGAGUUUUCUGCUAAAACUAAACCUUGAAUACUUCUAGGAUCAAAUGUGCUUUCAAAGCACCUUUUAAAUAUAGCCUUUAUCUUUAUUUUAGAGGUCGGGGAUGCUGGUAUUAUAUUAUCACAUUCCAUAUUAUCAUGUAGUAUACUUUGGCUACCAGUUGUUUUAUUAUGUACUAACUCGUCAAUGUUAUUUAAAUCUUUUUCUAUUGGUAUGUCUAUGUAAUUAAAAAGAUGAGAAUCUUCAUCUAGAUAUUUGGAUAAAUCUACAUCUAAAUGGAGUUUUUUCUUUAUAGGGCUAUUUGAUUUAAUAUGCACCUCCUUUCUUUUUCUUUUAACAGCUGAGCUGUUUUGUGUUGAUGAGGCUUGAGUGUUUGUAUCUGGUUUAGAAGUAGCUAAUACAAAAUGUGCUUCAAAUGUGGUACCAUUAUGAACUAUAAAAACAACUGGCUUCCCUGUUAUUUCAAAUUGUAGCUGUAGAGGCAAACUUAAUGCUUCAGCAAAUCCUAAUAAAGCUUUAAAUUCUUUUAAAGUAAAAGUAAUUAUUGUUUCUGUUCCAAUUACAUAACUAUCAAACUCUGUUGGUUUAAUGUUAAUCUGAGUUCUAAUUACUUUUGUUAAAUCAAUGUUGCAAUCAAUAUAGUUACGUAUGAUAAAAGAGUUUGAAUUUGCUUCAAUUGUAACUUGAUCAUCUGAACUUUGAAAGUUUCCUAAAGCUUCUGUAAAUAUUUUUUGUGAACAUGUUAUCCUGUAAAAUAAAAAGUAAAAAUAUCAUUGCAGAGUCUAAAAAGUGUAAAUUUAAAUAAUAAGUCAUUAUCAAAAUGUUAAGCACCUGCUGUGCACUAAGUCCUUAGAGUAAACUGCUUGCAUUGCUUUACAGUCUAAUAUAGAAACAAAAUGUGUCUUAACAAUACCAUGCUUGCAUUUUACAAUAAAUAUUAAUUUACAUGACUCA